CAUCCCUCCGACUGUCUGUGAACACAUUAUCAUGACUUACAAAGGUAAUAGUUUGUUUUGGGUUGGCUGACUUAAUUUUUUGGAGCAACUGAGAAACAAUGAAGAAUCAUUUAUAAUUGUUUCUUUCUACGUGGUGAUUUUUUUUAACAGCCUAAAGAAAACCUGUUUCUCAGCCUUACUCUUUCACCAUUACUAUCAUUUAGAUUUUUUAAAUUCCAAAAACAUGUGGACUUUUUUGGGAAUAGCGAGCUUCACAUAUCUUUACAAAAAAUCGGAGGUAGUUUUGACUUUUGCUCACAAAGAGCUGGCGAUGACCGCAGCCUUAUUCCUCACAGUUGGGCUGCUGCUCUCUUAUAUCAGGUAUUUUCAUGGGCAUAAGCUCAGACUCUCUCAGGUGUUACAUUUGCCUCUGAGCCUCCUGUCUUUAGUCCCUGUUAUCAACCACUUAAUCCCUCAAACUUCAACACAGAGGAGCGAGAGAGCGGAGAACAACUGCACAAAGCGUCGGAGAACGAGGAAAAGAGUCGAUGCCGACACCUCUGCCAGAGACAGUGCCUCCGCCAGCAGCUCCUCUGUGGCCCCGGACGAGCCAGAUGUGGUGAUAGUUGGGGCCGGGGUCCUGGGCUCAGCGAUGGCAGCUGUCCUGGCCCGGGACGGGAGGAGGGUAGUUGUGGUGGAGAGGGACCUGAAGGAGCCUGACAGGAUAGUCGGGGAGCUGCUGCAGCCGGGAGGAUACAGGGCUCUGAAAGAGCUCGGGCUGGAAGGUUCAGUGGAGGGUCUGGAUGCCCAUCUGGUGAACGGCUACGUGAUCCAUGACAUGGAGAGCAGCACAGAGGUGGAGAUCCCCUACCCUCAGGAGGAGACCAGCAUCCAGUGUGGUCGCGCUUUCCAUCACGGUCGAUUCAUCAUGGGCCUGAGGAGAGCCGCCCUGGCCGAGCCAAAUGUCACAUUCGUAGAAGGCACCGUGAGCAGUUUGCAGGAGGAGGGCGGCUGCGUAACAGGCGUCCAGUACAAGGAGAAAGAGACUGGAGACAUCAAGGAAAUCCACGCAGGACUGACCGUGGUGGCCGACGGCUGUUUCUCCAAAUUCAGAAAGAGCCUCGUCUCAGGGAAAGCUCACAUCUCCUCUCACUUUGUUGGAUGCCUCAUGAAGGACUGUCCCCAGUUUAAAGCCAACCACGCUGAGCUGGUGCUGGCUAACCCAAGCCCGGUGCUCAUCUACCAGAUCUCCUCCUCACACACCAGAGUGCUGGUGGACAUCAGGGGCGAGAUGCCACGCAACCUCACAGAGUACAUGGCCGAGAAGAUAUACCCACAGCUACCAGAGCAUUUAAAGGAGCCUUUCAUGGAGGCGCUACAGAACGAUCGACUCAGAUCCAUGCCUGCCAGCUUCCUCCCUCCCUCCCCUGUCAAUAAGCCAGGCGUGCUUCUCCUGGGUGAUGCAUACAACAUGAGGCAUCCUCUGACGGGAGGAGGGAUGAGUGUUGCUCUCAACGACGUUCGCAUCUGGAGGAGUCUGCUGAAGAACAUUCCAGAUCUGUACGAAGACGGAGCCAUGCUGCAGGCAAAGAAAAAAUUCCACUGGGAACGCAAGUCAUCACAUUCCUUUGUAGUGAAUGUGUUGGCCCAGGCCCUGUAUGAGCUUUUUGCAGCCACCGACAAUUCUCUUCAUGAGCUGAGAAAAGCCUGUUUCCAGUAUUUCAAGCUGGGUGGAGAGUGCAUUGCUGGACCUAUUGGACUUCUCUCAGUGUUGACACCUAAACCCAUGACCCUUAUUGGACACUUCUUUGCUGUGGCGCUGUACGCAAUCUACUUCAACUUCAAGUCCGAGUCCUGGAGCACCAAACCUCGAGCUUUAUUUAAGAGUGGAGCCAUCCUGUACCGAGCCUGCACCGUCAUGCUUCCACUUAUCUACUCUGAACUCAAGUACUUAGUGUACUAAAGAGCGCAACACCUGGACUCAGACAGACCCGAUCCCAAAGUCAGGUCUUAACAACUCUGGCUUAGUUGGACAAAACUUGCAAAAAGCUGGUAUUUGACAGUUCUUUCUAUGUUUGCCUUCCUGCUGCCGUCUUAAACAAUGAUUUUGCUACUGAGGGUUUUCUACAAUUCGCCCCUGCUACUGCAGAUGUCAUUAUCUUAAUGUCCUACUUCAUGCCUUGUUCCAGUUUGGACAUAUCAUGCAACAACGCCAUAUUGUGCAAUUAGCAGGGUUUGUGCCCACCCACAGCCUGUCCUAUAUGCUAUAGGAUUGCAACAUACUGUAUAUUAGCUCACACCAUGAAUUAGACUGAAUAUUCAAUACUGUGGAACUAUUCCUGCCAAACAGAAUACCAUGUGGAACAUGGCAUCUCGAUCUGCUUUUUUGCUGUAUAUUUUCUUGUUGAGCUGAUUUAGCCUGUAUUUGAUAUGGGAAAUCCAUCAUUAAUGAUGAUAUAUUUUUAAUACAAGAAUGCCUAAUUAUAAAUCUGAAGCACUGAUGAUGGGAGAAUAUUAAACAGCAGCUGUUUACAUUGUAUUUCCAACAAAAAUCACACUUUCCCAGGAUAUUUCCAGCCUUAUUUUGUUGAGCAGGAAGUCAUCAGUACUUUUUGUUCAAGUAACGCACAUUAUUUUCUUGUAAUGACUGUUUCCUGCCUUCCUAAGACUGUUGCUCUUUACAUACUGUGAUAAGAGACAUUUUGGUUUCUACACUCUGAGUCUGAAACCUGCUGACAGUGCAGCUAAAUGUGACAAACCCAUCAUCAGAGAACCCAACAAGGAUCUCUGUGCUGUGUUAGUGCUGCUGGAUGUCAGUAAACACCUGAUGCAGCAUGUCGCCCGGGGGAAGUUUGGCUUUGACCAGGAGCUGAGACAGAAGGAACGAUGCUAACCUCAGGACCAAGUCAGCGGAUGACGCUCAGGUGUUGUUUCACCUGAGCUGACAGAGACACGGAGCUCCUGAAGUGAAGUUCACCACAGCUGCACUGUCGUGUUUACCUGUGCCUGUGUUGGGCUUGAUCAGCCAUUAAAUAAAUCACACACCACAUAAGA